UCGUCGUUGUCACCGCCGCCGCCGUCGUCGUCGUCGUCGUCGUCGCCGUCGCCGUCGUCGUCGUCGCCCCGUCGUUAUUGUUUUCGUGGUGGUGCGAACGAGUAACAACAAUAACAAUAAAACCGGUGUCGCCUCUAAACGAGCCGUAGCCUAGUGCUGGCCUCCGCCCCGCCGUCGCCGCCGUCGCCGCAGCAGCAGCCGCAGCCGCCCUCCCGCCGGAAAGCCACAAAAAUAGGCUGGCCUAAUGUUAUGGGGUGUUUUGGAAGCGCCGCGGCCAAGACGGACCACGACGAUGCGAAAAAGGGCAAGGAGACGAACAAAAAGAUAAACCAGCAGCUGCAAAAGGACAAACAGGUGUACAGGGCCACACACAGAUUACUGUUGUUGGGAGCUGGAGAAUCUGGUAAAAGCACAAUUGUUAAACAAAUGCGAAUAUUGCACGUAAAUGGAUUUAGUGAAGAAGAAAAAAAACAAAAAAUUGAAGAUAUUAAAAAAAACAUUAGAGAUGCCAUAUUGACAAUUACAGGUGCCAUGAGCACACUCACCCCACCAGUACAAUUAGAACACCCAGAAAAUCAGUUUAGGGUCGAUUAUAUGCAAGAUGUCGCCUCCCAACAUAACUUUGAAUAUACAACGGAGUUUUAUGAACACACAGAAAUACUGUGGAAAGAUAGAGGUGUUCAGUCUUGUUUUGAUAGAUCUAAUGAAUAUCAACUCAUUGACUGUGCUAAAUAUUUCCUCGAUCAAGUACACAUUAUCAAGCAACUAAAUUAUACCCCUUCAGAACAAGACAUACUUAGGUGCCGUGUUUUGACUUCUGGUAUAUUUGAAACACGAUUUCAAGUUGAAAAAGUUAAUUUUCAUAUGUUUGAUGUGGGAGGCCAAAGAGAUGAAAGGCGUAAGUGGAUACAGUGUUUUAAUGAUGUCACUGCCAUCAUAUUUGUGACUGCUUGUAGUAGUUACAAUAUGGUCCUUAGGGAGGAUCCCACUCAAAAUCGACUCCGUGAGUCAUUAGACUUAUUCAGAAGCAUAUGGAACAACAGAUGGUUGAGAACGAUAUCAGUAAUAUUGUUUCUGAAUAAACAAGACUUACUAGCAGAAAAAAUCAAGGCUGGUAAAUCUCGGCUAGAAGAUUAUUUUGCCGAAUUCACCCGUUACCAAACGCCAAUGGAUGCUACUCCUGAUCCAGGAGAAGAUCCUCCAGUUAUUCGCGCCAAAUAUUUCAUCCGAGAUGAGUUCCUUCGCAUCAGUACUGCCAGUGGCGAGGGUAAACAUUAUUGUUAUCCACAUUUCACCUGCGCUGUGGACACUGAGAACAUCAGACGUGUUUUCAAUGACUGUCGCGACAUCAUACAGAGGAUGCACCUGCGCCAGUACGAGUUGCUAUGAUCUCUCCCUUACCCACUCACAUAUACAUACACAGGUCUCUUAAUUAUUCUGCAGCAAUUUUGAAAUCACAGGUUAUCAAAUCCAAAAUCAUUUCAACAAACCUAAACAUUUCAGUAGUAUGUAAUUAAGAUUGAUUCCUUGUGGUGAGCGUUCUUUUACAAGCAGCCAAAUAAGGUUUUUGCAAAAAGAAUACAUAUCUAGAUAUUAGGACCUUUGAAGAUGUAUAGGUACCUAUGUUUGCCUAGUCACAAUUUUAGAUAAUUUAUUAGCAGAAGUAGUUAAAAAAAUUAACAAUUAAACUUAAAUCCUAUACAAUUAUAAAACUUUUAAUUUAAUAUUUGUUUCAUUAUGUUGUUCAAUGUCUAGUACAAUGAAUAUUAUAAAAUAUAUUCACCAAUAAAUACAUUUGUUUUUUUUGCUUUUAAAAUUGGUGAUACAUUUUUCUAACAUAUAGUAAUAUUAUAGUAUGUAAAAUUACAUUGUCAAUGGUUAUAUUAUUGUUAACUAUUAUUUACCAGGUACAAUAAUGUCCUAACCUAAUGAUUAUAUUAUUUGUAUUAAAAUGGAUACCUAGUUCAAGCCUGUUUACUACAGUUGAAUGUCCAAAUUCAAUGAUGUAAAUAAUUGUAUGCAUUAAUAUAACUUUUUUUAACUAUAUAAUAUUUGCAACGUUCCAUUACAAAAAAAAAAAUCGCACAAUUGAAAGUAUAUAUUUAUCAUUUAAAUAUAUAUAAAUUAAUUUUUAAUAUUACCGUUAUGAAUGUUAUACCAGUAAAUCCAAUGGUAAAAUUUCCAAAUCUUAUGUAAUUACGUGUAUAGACAAAUAUAACUAAUUAUUAUAUUAUGUUUGUAACUUACUAGUUUCUUUAAAUUAUGUAUUAUUUGUUUCUUGUUAUAAGUCUUAUUUAUAAGUUAUUAUAUAUUUUUUUGCUCUGGGAUAAUAUAUGCAUUUUUAAAAGAACAACAAUUUGUUAACAUAACAGAAAAGCAUUAUUAAGAGUUGGGACAUACAUUUCCUGUGCUUAUUAUCAAUAUUAAUUGUGCAACAUGAACAUGUACCAAUAUUUAGUUUAUAUUUAUUUAUUUACAUUUAAUUUUUUUUUUGUUUGGUGCUGCUUGCUUAUACUUCCUUCCUCUCUCCAUCCUCU